UUUGAAGGAAGCGGUGGCCAAUAGACGUGCGGGGCGGUUGGCGCAGCAGCGCUACGUCUCCGGCCGGAGAGAGGCGAGGGAUGGAGGCGCAGGAAGAGCGGCAGAGAAAGCUCCAGGAAUACUUAGCUGCCAAAGGAAAGCUGAAAUGUCCCUGUGCCAAGCCCUAUUUAAAAGAUUCAGGCAGCCAGCGGAUUCUCCAGGAACCCCCACUUUGGAAACCGGGAGCAGUCACUGGACCCCGGGUUGUCCCCCCGAAAUGGCCCAUCCGUGUCCAGAGAGAGACUGGGCCCCCUUCCAGAGCUGCAAAGCCAGCAGGUCGUGCUCUUCAACACAGUUCUGUGGGCAUCCCUGUCUCCCAGGGCCCGAAAUCCAGGCUCAUGAAAUGCCUGGGAAAGGAUCAGGGCCCCCUCGCAAAGCCACCCAACCCAGACCACUGCAAUCCGUCCACGAGGACGAUGGCAUUUUCCACCCGUCGCCCCUUGUAUCCAACGCAGGAGACUGCCAAGGCUGUGAAGCUACAUCAGAGGGCUGGAGAGUCAGAUGGAGGCAGGGGCCAUCCCUCCACUCAGAUGGGUAAAGAAAACCUCAACCUCCCUGCUUCAGAGUUUGGCAACAGGGGGGCGUCUGGUCUGGAGAGCAGAACUCGGGCAAGGACCGGAUGUAAAGACAUAGUUCCCACCAUCACAAGGGGUCGUGGGAGGCUGAAAGCCAGUGGGAACAGCCGGCCCACUGGACAGGCAUGUGAUGAAGCUGGCAAACCGGCUUGA